AUGCAGCACGAGCAGCCAAGCAACCAAGUCGCUCUUAAAGUCGGCCUCAUUGGCGACUCCCAAAUAGGAAAGACGUCGCUCAUGGUGAAAUACGUCGAGGGCCUGUUUGACGAGGACUACAUCCAGACGCUAGGGGUCAAUUUCAUGGACAAGAAAAUCCUGAUCCGCAGCACCAACAUCACGUUUCUGAUCUGGGAUUUGGGUGGGCAGAAGGAGUUCAUCAACAUGCUCCCACUUGUGUCCAACGACGCCGUGGCGAUUUUGUUCAUGUUUGAUCUCACGCGCAAACUGACGCUCAACUCCAUCAAGGAGUGGUAUCGGCAGGUGCGAGGGUUCAACAAAACGGCCAUUCCGUUUUUGAUCGGCACCAAAUACGAUGAGUUCAUAGACUUGCUGCCGCAGGACCAGCUUGAAAUCACGCACCAGGCCAAGAAAUUCGGCAAGGCCAUGAAGCUGCCGGUGGUGUUCUGUUCGACCAGCCAUUCCAUCAACGUGCAGAAGAUCUUCAAGAUCAUUUUGUCCAAGGCCUUUGACUUGAAGUUGAAUCUCGAGGAGAUUGUCAAUGUUGGCGAGCCCAUUCUCAUAUACAAGUAG